CUUGAAGAGAUGACUCUGGACAUACAGAUUAUCGUCGAAGGCUUGGACACAAUUCACCAUUAGCUGAUAUCUUGAAAAGGUGCCGCUCUUUCUCAGGUGUCCUCAUUCCAAGCCCGCGAGGCCAGGCACCAUUUACAACCGAUCUGUUGGGCCUUCUCGGAAGCAGGCUUCUGGGGAAGCUACAGAUCGUAAUCCUUCCUGCGAGCGUGACACCGGCCUUUGCCAGCCAUGGCGCGGCCGGCACGUUCACAGACGUUGUUUUCCUGGUUAACGUUGUGGUCGGUACUGGUCAGCUUUCUUUCCUUCACUAGACCAGCCUCGGCAUCAAAAAACAUUACCUGGAUCGAAUACACCGGUAAUGACGGGACAAUAUGGCUCAACGACGACCGCAAACCGGCGUUGUAUACUCAAAGCUUCGGAGAUUGUCAAGGCGACUCUCUCCUGAAUGUCACCCGGUUUGACGGCGCAUACUACAAAGACAACAUGACCGUUCUUUUCCAUCUCGAGGGUACUUCUGCAUUGACGAACGAAAGUCUGAUGCUGUACAUUGGCGUCUAUGCCUACGGAGAGUCUCGCUUUGAUUUGACGUUCAAUCCUUGCAAUGCCAACAUUGACAGUCUUUGUCCCCUCAACUCAUCGAUCCCCAUUCUCGCAAACGGCAUCAUUCCAGUGGCUCAAUCGGAUGUGGCUAAUAUCCCGGCAAUUGCGCUCACAAUACCCGACUUCGAAGGCGAGGCCAUCCUGCGGAUCUUUGCAAAUUCAACUCAGUCUCAGAUUGCGUGUUUCUCCGCUGUCCUGACCAAUGGCGCCUCAUUCUCGCACCCUUCAGCUGUCGGCUCGGUCUUGGGCAUUUUCGCGCUGAUAGCCUUGAUUUCCUCGCUGGCGGUUUCGAUGUAUGGCCAGCAUGUAUCAGACAUGCGAAAACAUUACGCUCAUUCCAUCUCGGUAUUUGUGGUUUUUUCCGUCUAUCAGCACAUUUUCUUUACUGGAGCAUUGUCGAUGAAUUGGCCGAGCGUCCUCGUCGCUUUCUGGAGCAAUUAUGCAUGGUCUGCUGGGAUCAUAUACAGUCAGCACAUGCAGAACUCCAUCAACAGAUUCAUUGGGAGCAAUACCGGAAACAUCAGCGUGGUAGGGGCUGCCCCGAACGGCGAGGAUGCAACCGACCUGGGAGGCGGUUAUCAAAUCUCGCAGAUCUACAAACGAGCGGCCUUGCCUGCCUUCGAGCCACAUGAAGGCAUGGGCGUGACGAUGCGACCUACGGAAUUGGAGCACGUGCUUUCAAGACGGGAUUCGACCAAUUCAUCCUCUGGAUAUUGGUGGUAUGGUGAUCCCGUAAAGAAAGGUUUGCCUUUGCCCGGAAACUUCUCCGGCUUCGCUGGUACGCUGGCAGAGUUGAACGUCCCCGCAUCAAACGCCUUCCUUACAGCACUGUUGUGGUUCCUCAUCUUCAUUGCCUGCCUCAUUGGCGCCAUGUUUCUGCUGAAAUGGGGCAUUGAAAGUCUCGCGGCGGUACACUUGGUCAAGACGGAGCGUUUGGCGUUCUUUAGAAGACAUUGGCUAUGGUUUACAGGUGCUGCCGUCUUGAGAAGCUGCUACAUUGCCUUCUUCAUGAUGAUGCUUCUGACCAUGUUCCAAUUCACGUUUGGUGGGUCAGCUGGUGUCAAGGCUAUUGCAGCAGUCAUCUUGGUUGUCUUCCUUCUGGGUUUGCUGUGUGCUUGUGGAUAUGCGCUAUGGUACAGCACCAAGUCGGGAAUGCUACCUGAAUCACCUCGACAUGAUGACCAGGAAGCUGCUGACGAAGAAAAGCCGGCGCAUUCUGCUUGGUAUAAGCUGGGUGGCAAAAGCAGCCGUGGCAACGGCGAUCCAGAAGGGACAGCUCGAUCAAACUCAUGGCUGCAAAAGCAUGCGUUCGACUCGAACAGUGGCCGAGUCCAUGUGCAUGACGACGAAAGAUAUACCACUCGAUUUGGCUGGCUGUCUGCCCGCUUUCGACGGAGCAAGUGGUGGUUCUUUUCGUUUUGGCUGAUAUACGAACUGGUAAGAGCCGCAUUCUAUGGUGGCGCCGCUGGCCAUGCGUUGACCCAGGUCUUUGGUCUCCUGGCAUGGGAGAUCAUCUCGCUGGUGGCUAUUGUGCUCAUGAGACCUUUUGAGAGCAACCGCUUGAAUCUCUUGAUGGUCUACUUUCUGGGGUUCAGCAAGGUCGCCACAGUCGCGCUCUCUUCGGCAUUCGACCCUCGAUUCGGCUUGGCUCGGAUCAUGACGACCGUCAUCGGGGUCAUCAUCAUCGUUAUUCAGGGAAUUCUCACUAUUUGUUUGAUGAUCGGUAUUGUGUUGGGGGCAAUUUCAAGCUAUAUGUCUAUCACUCGAUACCGGGAGACUUUGAAGCCCAAAUCUUUGCUGAAACCUCGAACUCGAUAUUUCGCACAUGUCGAUCAAAAAGCUACGGAUCGACCAAAGCCUCCACCACCUCCUCCUCCUCCUGAGCCUGAGAUCCCCAAAGAACCCUAUUUUGCGGUAUCGACUGUCCGGCGAGAAGCCAAGAUUGAGGACGACCACGCCGAUAACGAGCUCCAGGGCGACCAUAUUGCGCGGCCCUCAAUGGAUCCGACCUACGAAAGAAACAAUCAGAGCCAUGUAUCACGUUCACGCACGCAAUCCAUGCGGUCUGGACCUAGUAUGUCGAACGUACCGUACGGAGCAAGAGUGCAUCGGGCGAGCUGGAGUACGAGGGACUUCCAGGAGAUGGGCAUAGGUCAAGAAGCCAACCCAACACAUUCACGCAUGAGCUUGGAGAGCACAAACGAUGCAUAUCAACGACAUCGCGCGGCCAGUCUAAGAGGACCUUCACGGAAUGGUACUCCGCUGGGAGCACUGGACCGACCAUCGUCUGGAAUUGAUCCGCAGGUCAGACGUAGCACGCAUGGGAAACGCAUAUCUACCCCCAAUGGCACGAAGAGAAACAGCUCCAAUUUGAAUGCGGACCAGGAGAACUGGCCGUUGGGGCAUCAGACUUGAGGUCUGCCGAAAAGCCGGCCUUUCACUCCGACGACUACCUUCUACGACGUUUCACGAAACCUAAUUCAUAAUCGGCAAGGAGUUGGUAGGAGGUACGAUAUAGAUCAUGGCAUUGUUUUCUAGCGAGCAUACAUAUUCUUGUUUCAGGCGCGUGGACAGACUCCCCUAGAGUCAUGGCAAGCCUGUUGCGUGGUACGGAAGACAAAAGUCAAGGAGCACCAACUCAGGCGGAAGUUCCCAUGAGAACUCAUUGUAUACACAUUAUAUACACAUUAUGACCAUAGGUAUCAUACGUCGAGCAUUGAUGUUCCUGUCGUGGGAGUUUGGUAGCUCUUCACAAUUCUAUGCGCAGUACCUGGGCAGGUACUAGCACAGCUAGUAUGUGUACUGGGCACAUGACAUCACCAAUAUAUCAC